GGCAUGCCAACCAGUAUACACCCGUGUAGAUUAAAAUCUCUUGUAGAUUAAUUGAAUAAAUUACUUUUUUAAUGUUAUUUGAGACUUGCAGACGGUAGUUUUGACCGAGGUUUUGAAGGUGAAGUGCUGUAUAACAGAAACAGUGCCUUGUUUGGAAUUUCGCGAAUUAGCUUCAUACCUAGUUUACGUUUUAAUUUGUGGAAAAGACGGUCUGAGGAGCUGACUGCUGCUUGAGUUGGGCCGGUCGAAAUUUGGCACCCUUGGAUAAUUUUUCGAAAAACAUAAAAAUAUAAUUGGGAACUGUGAAUUGUAGUGUUGAAAUUUUUGGAAAUAUGGACAGUAAAUUAUUUAGUGCUUUUUGGAUAUCUGUUGUAAUGACUUUUGCUAUGGAUGAAUCAGAAGCCUCUCUGGGCACUCAGCAGAUCCCUGAAGCCUCAGAAUCAUUCAUCAGUGCUGUCGACAUUGUUUUAAUCGUUCUGUUGGCAGUAGUGGGGUACUGGUUUCUUCAAAAGCAAAAAAACAAGGAGUCACUUCCAAAUGGCAAAUCCUAUUCAAUACAGCCAACUUCAAUCGGCCUUCAAACCACAAGCGACAACUCCUUCAUCAAAAAACUGAAAACAUCCGGCAGAAGUUUGGUCGUUUUUUACGGUAGCCAAACCGGUACCGGCGAAGAAUUCGCCGGUAGAUUGGCGAAGGAAGGAGUCAGAUACAGACUGAAGGGUAUGGUAGCCGACCCGGAAGAAUGUGACAUGGAAGAAUUAGUAAAUUUAAAAACCAUUCAAAAUUCAUUAGCAGUGUUUUGCCUGGCCACUUAUGGAGAAGGAGAUCCCACUGAUAAUGCAAUGGAAUUUUACGAAUGGCUUCAAAAUGGUGACGCUGACCUAAGUGGUUUAAAUUAUGCGGUCUUCGGUCUCGGUAACAAAACCUACGAGCAUUACAACGAAGUCGCCAUCUAUGUGGACAAAAGAUUGGAAGAACUCGGCGCAACCAGAGUGUACGAAUUGGGAUUGGGAGACGACGAUGCCAACAUCGAAGAUGACUUCAUCACGUGGAAAGACAAAUUCUGGCCGGUCGUGUGCGAGCAUUUCGGCAUCGAAUCCACCGGUGAAGAUAUCAGCAUCAGGCAGUACAGGCUGCAAGAGUUCGCCGAAGACACCCCCGACAGAAUAUACACCGGCGAGAUGGCGAGGUUGCACUCCCUGAAAAACCAAAGACCGCCCUACGACGCCAAAAACCCCUUCCUGUCCAAGAUCAAGGUCAACAGGGAGCUGCACAAGCCCGCUUCGGAUAGAAGCUGCAUGCACAUCGAGUUUGACAUCGAGGGUUCCAAGAUGCGGUACGAUUCCGGCGAUCAUUUGGCGGUCUACCCGAUUAAUAACAGCGAGUUGGUGGAGAAGAUUGGUAAGCUGUGCGGUAAAAACUUGGACACCAUCUUCACCUUGAUUAAUACCGACGAGGAAUCCAGUAAAAAACAUCCGUUCCCGUGCCCGUGCUCGUACAGGACCGCCUUUACGCACUACUUGGAUAUAACCAUGAACCCGAGAACCCACGUCUUGAAAGAGUUGUCCGAGUACUGCUCUGACCCAGCGGAAAAAGAGAAACUACGCUUGAUGGCCGGUACAAGUCCUGAAGGUAAGGCUUUGUACCACCAAUGGAUUAACCACGAUAAUAGGAACAUCGUGCACAUACUGGAAGAUUUGCCGUCUUGCAAACCAGCUUUGGACCAUCUUUGCGAGCUGUUGCCGCGUCUCCAACCUCGCUACUACUCGAUCUCCUCGUCCCCGAAACUCUACCCCAGCACGGUGCACAUAACGGCCGUCAAAGUGGAGUACAUGACGCCCACAAAUCGGCAGAAUAAGGGCGUGGCGACCACGUGGUUGGCCGACAAGACGCCCAAACCGGACGACUACCCCACCGUGCCGAUCUUCAUCAGGAAGUCGCAGUUCAGGCUGCCGACGAAACCGCAGACGCCGAUCAUCAUGAUCGGGCCCGGCACGGGGUUGGCUCCCUUCAGGGGGUUCGUCCAGGAGAGGAAUUUCAACAGGGAGGAGGACAAACCGGUCGGGGAGACGAUUUUGUACUUCGGGUGCCGCAAGCGGGGCGAAGAUUUCAUUUACGAGGAAGAGCUGGUCGGGUACGAGGAGAAGGGGGCGGUCAAGUUGCACUUGGCGUUCUCCAGGGAUCAGGCGCAAAAGGUUUACGUCACGCAUUUGCUCGAAAAAGAGAGCGAAGAAAUCUGGAGGGUGGUUGGGGAAAAUAAUGGGCAUCUGUACAUUUGCGGUGAUGCCAAAAACAUGGCCGCUGACGUGAGAAACAUCAUCCUGAAAAUCUUGCAGGAGAAGGGUGAGAUGACGGAACAAAAGGCGCAGGAAUAUUUGAAGAAAAUGGAGACGCAGAAGCGUUUAUCCGCAGAUGUAUGGAGUUAAUCUAUAAAUCGAUGCCUAGAUAUAUUUUAUUUAAUUAAACUAAUAUAUUUAUACUACUUGUGUUGACGAUCCAAAAUUAAAAAGACGACACUUUCUGACAUAUUUUUGACCAAAUUUACUAACGAAUAAAUAAAUAUUAAAUAAUAAUAAUAAAUUAAGUGGACCAGUGUUGACUUGUCAACAGCAGCUGAUCAAUGGUGCCUAUUUUGUAUAUAUUUUUUAUAGAUGUUAAUCAUUCCUUUUAUUGAACUUUUUCUUUAUAUGUUUAAAAUGGAUGGGUUAGAAUUGUUGUUUGUAAAAAAAAUAUUAUAUGUAUAUUUAUAUAUUUAAAAGUUAUGUGCUGUAUUUGUUUAAGUAAUUGCUAUUUUACUCUUUAUAUUGAGUCUUUUUGUAAUGAACUUCAUAUUUAAGACAUAUUUUUAUGUCGUAUGUUUAUUUUAUUAAAAAAGCAUUUAAUUAGUUCAAAAACGUUAUUUAUUACAAUCCUCUUCCUUUUCCGGGAGGUCCACAGGGAACGUUCCGUCGGCCAUUUGGUCCUCCCAUUUUGAGACCCAACUGUUUGGACAUAUGGACUUGUAGAUUUUUGCAAACUCCUCACAAGCAGGGUUUCUAUCAUUAAAAAAACAUUUAUCAGUCCCUGGCCAAUUUUUUCCUUUAAUUUUG